UCUCUCACAAUCUAUGGCUUCUCUCUCACAAUCUGCCUCUCUCUUUGUUUCAUUUUUUUUUUCCUUUGAUACUAAAAAGGAGUGUGAAAUGUUGGAUUAUUACGAGCAGCUUGCUGCUAGUCCUUACAAUGAUUCUCUUAAGGUUCUUGAGGCUGAUAUUCAGCAUGCCAAUAUGCUUAGCCUCAAUUGUCUUCUCCUGAAUGUAAUGCAAUUACUCGAGGCCAAUUGCUUUGAAGGUGAAGGCUGCGUGACAGUUCCCAAGUGGCUUCCCCUGUUCCGGAUUGUCCUAGCUUCAUACCCCUUGGAAGUUGGAAGUCUGAAGAUGCAGAGGAGAUGGCUCAAGAAAAUGUUGGUUUUUCUGAGCAGGAGAUUCUUCCUCUGAAGCUCAUGUCAAGGCAUGUGGUUCCAAGCCCAAAACCAUCAACUUUUGCUAUAAUGGGUGCAGCUUAGCUUACCUUUAUUGUUUACAUAUGAAACUCAAUUGUAUUUUAUGAAAGCCUU